AACCAAAAUAUCCACAUAACCCACCCCAUACCCCACCUCCAGUUAUCCCACUUUGAUCAUCUCAACUGCAAUUAUCAUCUUUAAUACCAUCUGUGCAGACUGCAGUGGUGAUUAAUAUAUUAAAAGGGAAUAAAGAAAAACAGACUCUGUUUUUAGAUGAUGGUUGCUCUCACUUCAGUCACUCCACAUUCAUCUUCUUCAUGUUUGCAAUCAAAGCUUUAUCCUAAUCCUCCAUUUUUAUCUCAUUCAAAUUCUGUAAAUGAAAACAGUACCUGUUGCAUUGCCAUCAAGCCUUCUACAAGGAGACGCUUGACAAUCCGAAGUGCAGCAACCAAACCUGCAAAAACACCUGCUGAAGAAGACUGGAAGACAAAGAGGGAGCUCCUUCUAGAAAAAAGGGUUCGAAGUGUGGAUGUUAAGGAAGCAUUACGACUUCAGCAAGAAAAUAAGUUUGUGAUUCUUGAUGUGAGACCAGAAGCAGAGUUUAAAGAGGCUCAUCCCCCAGGUGCUAUCAACGUGCAAAUAUACAGGCUUAUAAAGGAGUGGACGGCAUGGGACAUUGCUAGAAGAGCUGCAUUUGCCUUUUUUGGUAUCUUUGCUGGAACAGAAGAAAAUCCCGAAUUUAUGCAAGGUGUUGAAUCAAAAUUAGAUAAAAGCUCAAAGAUCAUAGUAGCUUGCUCAUCUGGAGGUACCAUGAAACCUACACAAAAUCUUCCAGAAGGCCAACAGUCAAGGUCACUUAUAGCUGCCUACUUGCUAGUCCUGAAUGGUUAUAGUAAUGUAUUCCACUUGGAGGGAGGACUGUAUCAGUGGUUCAAACAAGACCUGCCUCUAGAGUCAGAAGAAUGAAGUUUUGAACUACAAAGAGUUUCUUGUAAUUUGCAGGUCUAACCUUAGUUCAAAACUUCUCCAGUUAACGAUUAUGAUUUGAUAGCAUUACUCUAUGUUUUGAUCAUCUUUGAAUCGGAUGUUUGAUGCUUCUGUGUACUUCUAAUUCUUCACAACUUCUGCUAG